CACCAUUUAAAGCUGCGUUUGUUAAUUGCUUUUCCUCUCAAUCACGUUGGCGAUGGGGAGCGGAGGGAAGCUGGAGGGAAAGGUGGUGAUGGUCACCGGUGCCUCGUCGGGCAUUGGCCGCGAACUCUGUCUCAGUCUUGCCAGAGCCGGCUGUCUUGUCGUCGCCGCCGCACGGCGGGCCGACUGCCUCAAGACCCUCUGUGAGGAGAUCACCGCGUCCAGACAGGGAAACCCUACUGCCGCCGCGGCAGUAGUGCUGGACGUUAGCUCCGAGGAGGCGGUCGUCGCGGCCGCUGUGCGGAGGGCGUGGGACGCAUUCGGGCGGAUCGAUGGGUUGGUCAAUAACGCCGGAAUUCGAGGAGGUGUGCAUGCAUCGGUCGAUUGGCCAAAGGAAGAAUGGGACGAAGUCAUCAGAACCAAUCUGACCGGUACAUGGUUAGUUUCUAAACACGUGUGCAGGCUGAUGCGCGACGCCAAGGUGAAAGGAUCCGUCAUCAACGUUUCAUCCAUCAACGGUCUACUAAUUGGCUCUCGUGUUCCAGGAGCGACCGCUUAUGAUGCUUCCAAAACAGCUGUUCAUGCACUCACUCAGACGAUGGCAUUGGAUAUGGGCGGUUACAAUAUUCGGGUGAACGCGAUCGCGCCUGGACUGUUCGAAUCGGAGAUGACAGCUUCCCUAGUGUCGAAGCCAUGGCUGAGUGGAGUGGCAGAGAAAAUAGUCCCGUUGAGAACGUUCGGCAUGAACAUGACAGAUCCAGCAAUAACGAUGCUCGUCCAGUACCUUCUUCAGGAUUCGUCGGACUACAUCACGGGCAAUGUUUUCAUCAUCGAUGGGGGUACCACUCUCCCAGGAGUCCCCAUCUUCUCCUCGCUCUGAUCGAUUAUACACACACACUACUCCAGACUUUCUUCUCCUAAAUUCUUGGAAUAAUUCUCGAUCGCUAUAUAGCUACUACGUACAUCAUAAUCUCCAAUAUUAUAAUAUAAUGGUGCAUGCGUGACGACACGAUGCAUGGGUCGGUUUCAAUAAGCUAGCACACUUGUAUGCCAAACUGGAUCUGGACUUCUGUAUUCAGCAGCAUAUAUAGUGCCAUAUCUUUGUUGCUGAUUCUUAAUUUGUGCCGUCACUGCUGCAGUUUCGU